CGGACUACAGGUUCUCGGGUCGAGACAGCCUGAUUUUCCUGGUCGACGCCUCCGAGGCCAUGUUUGAGUCCGCCGGGGACGGAGCGGCUCCCUUCGACAUGACCGUGCAGUGCAUCCGGAACGUGUAUACCAGCAAAAUCAUUAGUAGUGACAGGGACCUGUUGAGUGUCGUGUUCUAUGGUACAGAAAAGAACAAGAACUCGGCAGACUUCAAGCACAUUUAUGUUCUUCAGGAUCUGGACAAUCCAGGUGCAAGACGUGUUCUAGAGCUGGACCAGUACAGGGGAGAUGAAGGACGAGUGCUUUUCCGUGAAACCUUUGGCCACAAUGCUGACUAUUCGCUGGGUGAAGCACUCUGGGCCUGCUCGAAUCUCUUCAGCGAUGUCCGAGUCAGACUGAGCCACAAAAGGAUCAUGCUCUUCACCAACGAGGAUGACCCUCAUGCCAAUGACAGUGCUAAAGCCAAGCUGGCCAGGACCAGAGCUGGUGAUCUGAGAGACACAGGUAUCAUCCUGGACUUGAUGCACUUGAAGAAGCCUGGAGGGUUCGAUAUCUCUUUGUUCUACAGGGAUAUCAUAAACAUAGCAGAGGAUGAGGACCUUGGGAUCCAGCCUGAGGAGUCAGGGAAACUGGAACAUCUCAUGAAGAAAGUACGAGCAAAGGAGACGAAGAAACGGACUUUAGUCAGGUUAAAUCUGUAUCUGAACAAAGAUCUGUCGCUUGCUGUUGGUGUUUACAACCUUGUUCAAAAAGCUCAGAAGCCAUAUCCAGUGAAGCUUUAUCGGGAAACUAAUGAACCGGUUAAAACAAAAACAAGGACGUUUAAUGGAAAAACAGGCAGCUUGCUCCUGCCUAGUGACACAAAAAGGGCUCAGACAUAUGGAAACCGCCAGAUUGUGCUGGAGAAAGAGGAAACAGAAGAAUUGAAACGGUUUGAUUCUCCGGGCUUGUUUCUGAUUGGCUUCAAACCACUAUCAAUGCUAAAACAGCACCACCAUAUCAAGCCCUCCCAGUUCAUCUAUCCUGAGGAGUCCCUAGUAAGUGGGAGCACAACGCUAUUUAAUGCCUUGCUGAUGAAAUGCUUGGAGAGGGAGGUGAUGGCACUGUGCAGAUACACAGCCCGCCGGAACACUCCCCCUCGCUUCGUGGCCCUGGUUCCUCAGGAGGAAGAGGUGGAUGAGCAGAAAGCGCAGAUAGUCCCUCCAGGUUUCCACAUCAUUUUCCUGCCUUACGCAGAUGACAAACGGAAUGUUGAUUUUACAGAAAAGGUGCCAGCUAGUCGAGAGCAGGUGGACAAAAUGAAGGAAAUAAUUCAAAAACUCCGGUUCAAAUACAGGACUGACAGCUUUGAGAACCCAGUUUUGCAGCAGCACUUCAGGAAUCUGGAGGCCUUGGCGCUGGAUAUGGUGGAGCCAGAACAAGCUGAGGAUCUUACAAUGCCAAAGGCUGAAGAGAUGAACCGCAGGCUGGGCAGCCUGGUGGAGGAGUUUAAGCAGCUGGUUUAUCCCCCUGACUACAAUCCUGACGGGAAGGCUGUAAAGCGAAAACAAGCUUCCGAUGGUCAAACUGAGAAGCGGCCCAAGGUAGAGGUCUCAAAAGAUGAGCUGCGGAGUCACGUGCAGAAGGGCACUCUGGGCAAGCUCACUGUACCUGUGCUGAAGGACGCCUGCAGGGUUUGCGGGCUGAAGGGUGGGGGGAAGAAGCAGGAGCUCAUGGAUGCGCUAACUGAGUACUUCAGUGAGCACUAAGCAGGAGCGGAAGACCCUGGUUGACUUCCAUCUGCUUAAAGUUUUGGUUGUCUUAUGUGGAUGCUGUGUCUGUUUAAUCUUGCUGUGGAGGAGGAGGCGACUAAAUGUUGCUGACUAGCAGUGGAGAAACUUUUUACUCUUAGUUGUGAAACAUCUCUGCAAAGUUGGACUCUGUUCGCAGUAGCCAAAGGCAGCAUUAAAUUCCCUGCUAACUCAGGUCACCCACUGCAAGUAAACACAGCUGUGCCUUCCUGGUUUCUUAAUAAAAGUUAUUUUGGACUUCUUUCUUACUUUGCAA